CUCAUACUAUAUAUAUUAUGAGGUUACCAUUAAUUAUGUUUUUCAUUUUAAAGUGGACAACUUGCCGAGAGAAACCACAAACUAGAUUACAAAGGACAUGCCUCAAAUUUACUUCUCAAGUGUACAAUAUAAUUUGAAUAAUUGAGGCUUUGGUUUCAUUUAUCUAGUUUGUUGGUGUUUGAAGAUCAAUGUCUCUCUUUGCUGCAUUUUCCAUUUGUAGAGUUGCCAAAGAUGUAGCUGGAAUUGCAGGAAAUGUGUUUGCUUUUGGGUUGUUUGUGUCCCCCAUACCCACAUUUAGGAGGAUUAUGAGAAAUGGGUCAACAGAGAUGUUCUCAGGGUUGCCAUAUAUUUAUUCUCUUCUGAACUGCUUGAUCUGCUUGUGGUAUGGCACACCUCUCAUAUCUGCUGAUAACUUGUUGAUUACCACUGUUAAUUCAAUUGGAGCAGUCUUUCAGUUUGUGUACAUAAUCCUCUUCUUGAUGUAUGCUGAGAAAGCAAAGAAGGUGAGAAUGUUUGGAUUAUUGCUAGCAGUUCUUGGCGUAUUUGCAAUCAUAUUAUUUGGAAGCUUGCAAAUAAAUGACGCUCUAACGCGCCGUUUCUUUGUGGGAUUCUUGAGCUGUGCAUCUCUCAUUUCAAUGUUUGCCUCUCCAUUGUUUAUAAUUAAAUUGGUCAUUCAGACAAAGAGUGUUGAGUUCAUGCCAUUUUAUCUCUCACUUUCCACCUUCUUAAUGAGCACCUCUUUCUUGCUUUAUGGAAUAUUCAACAAUGAUGCCUUCAUUUAUGUGCCGAAUGGGAUAGGAACCAUUUUGGGAUUGAUACAGUUGAUAUUGUACUUCUAUUUCGAGAGUAAAUCUAGAGAAAACUCCAGAGAACCUCUGAUAGUGUCAUAUGCAUGAUCAGUUCUGAUGAAAAGACUAAAGCUUCUUGUUCCUUCACAAAGCAGAAUCAGGGUUAGAAACGAUUUUUUGCUGCUAGAUGUGGUCUGAAUCUGGAGUUGGCAACAUCCCUGCUUGAUUCAAUAUAUAGGAGCAAUUACUGUUGCAUCCUUGAGAGUCACCAGAAGUUGUUAUAAUGAAUAACUUGCCACUGUAUGUAUAUUUAUGCAAGCAUUGAGGAGGUGAACCAUGCUUCAAAAUGGGACUAUUGCAAGAAAGGCAUAUUGCACCACUCGUGCAGUUGUUGUUGGUGGUCAAAGUUGGCUUCUCUUGCAUUGAGGUCAUUUACAAGUUCAUCAGAUGUUAGAAACAGAUAUAUACACAUUAUAUAGGCAUGUAUUAUUAUUAUUAUUAUAGUCUGAUGUUUCAUGUUGAUCCCCAUAUGGUGCUUAGGGCAAGAAACUCAUUUUGUCCCUUGGUUGAUCACCACAUGGCUAUUUAGUCAUUGUUUCACUUUGUCAUUUGAUUGUUUUAUUUUUUAUUUUUUUGGCUCUGCCACCAUUAUCUUGGCCUCAACCCAUUACAUCAUAGACUAAUUUUACUCACAAUACUGUAACUAUUACUUGCUCGACGAGUGCCUAAGUUGAUAGGAAGAAUCAAUUUAUAUACAAACAAGUGAAUUUCACUAUCC